AAAAUACAAAUCAUAGUUAGUAGCAUUUUAGUUUUCGAUGAAUAUGACAGGAACAAGUUCCCCUUGUGGCGCCUGCAAAUUCCUGAGGCGAAAAUGCGUGAGAGGUUGCGUUUUCGCCCCAUAUUUCUGGCACGAGCAAGGCGCCGCGCACUUCGCAGCCAUUCACAAGGUCUUCGGAGCUAGCAACGUGUCGAAGCUCCUCGCCCACCUCCCCGUCUCCCACCGCUGUGAGGCCGCUCUCACCAUCGCCUACGAAGCUCAGGCCAGGCUUCAAGAUCCCAUCUACGGCUGCGUUUCCCACAUCUUCGCCCUUCAACAACAGGUUGUGAAUCUGCAAGCACAGGUGGCUUGUCUCAAGGAACAAGCAGCUCAUUCCAUCAUAACUGCAGCAAACCCUAAUGGGAAAUUCUACCCUGAUUUACCUCAGAAUCAGGGGUAUUUAGGAGGUGAGAAUUCUGGUUUUGUGGAAGAGAAUAAUGAGUCGUUUGGGAGCGAGAUGCAAUGGCCGUUUCAAGAUGAUCUGCACUCAGUUCCAUUCAGAUAUAUUCACCAUUAA